AGGACGCAAAGCUCUACGACAAGAUGCGGCCUCCAAAGAAGGACGGAAACCCCACUGUUGUUUACUUCCACGUGACAGUGAUGGGACUUGAUUCUAUUGACGAGAAUGCUAUGACAUAUGCCGCCGACAUCUUUUUUGCCCAAAUGUGGAAAGAUUUUCGCCUGCGUCUACCUGAAAAUAUGACGUCCGAGUAUAGAUUACUGGAAGUCGACUGGUUGAAGAAUAUGUGGAGACCAGAUAGUUUUUUCAAAAAUGCAAAAGCCGUCACCUUCCAAACAAUGACGAUUCCGAAUCAUUAUAUGUGGUUAUACAAAGACAAAACUAUUCUUUAUAUGGUGAAGCUUACUCUUACGUUGUCCUGUGCCAUGAACUUUAUGAUAUACCCUCACGAUACACAGGAAUGUAAACUGCAAAUGGAGAGCCUGUCACAUACAACAGACGACAUGGUUUUCCAAUGGGAUCCCGAUGUCCCCUUGGUAGUAGAUGAGAACAUUGAGUUGCCUCAGCUUCAGCUUGUGAAGAACUACACGGCUGAUUGCACUAAAGUGUAUUCUACAGGAAAUUUUACUUGUCUGGAAGUUGUCUUCGUGCUCAAAAGAAGAUUGGGUUACUACCUGUUUCAUACUUAUAUUCCUACGUGCUUGAUCGUAAUUAUGUCGUGGGUGUCGUUUUGGAUCAAACCGGAAGCAGCUCCGGCGCGAGUGACUCUGGGAGUUACCUCCCUGCUCACUCUGUCAACGCAGCACGCGAAGUCUCAAGCAGCGUUACCACCCGUGUCCUACCUAAAGGCGGUCGACGCGUUCAUGUCUGCGUGCACUGUGUUCGUGUUUAUGGCACUGAUGGAGUACUGUCUGGUGAACAUUGUGCUGGGAGACUCAGAUGGUCCUAAGGGCCCGAACGAACCACCGAAGCCGGAUAAGAUAUUCGACCUGGCUGCAAAGGAGAACGCGCGCCUGCUGACGGGGCAGCCGCCGGCG